AUGAGACUUUACUUUAUUUUGGUAUAUUUAGGUAUCAUAGUGUCAGCAAGAAAACAUAAACAUAAGAAUGUGGAAGGGAACACUACGAAAGAGACGACUCAGACGAAAAUGCGAUACAUUGAGAGUGAGGAACAGGAUGUGGAACAUGUCACGUUCGUCGACACAUAUUUGGACUUUAGAGGAACCAUGCGGAAGCAAUUCGCUUUGGAAGCAGCGUUAGUGGAUCAUGCGAGGAAUAUGAUUUGUUCUCCAAUGUCUGCACUGAUGCCUUUAGGAAAAUUAGCAUUAGGAGCAGAAGGAAAAUCAGAAAAAGAAUUAUUAAAAGCCUUAGGUCUUAGCAAUAGUAAGCAAAUAGAAAGCUCGUUCGCACAUUUAAUCACAAAUAUGCAGUACCUGCCCGGAGUUACUCUGGAUGUGGCCAGCAGGAUAUACGUCGGAUCCGAAAGUACACUAAACAGAAAAUUCGAAAAACACACUAAACAAAUUUUCAAGUCGUCUUGUCAGAAGAUUGAUGCUUCAGACCCAUCGCAGACUGCAUCAAUGAUUAACGAUUGGGUAUCAGAAAAAACACGAGGUAAAAUAAAGAAGUUGGUUCGAUCAUCAGAUAUUUCAAGAGAUACUUCUCUAAUUUUGGUCAACGCCAUCUACUUCUACGGUUCUUGGAAUAAUCAGUUCAGCAGGACAUACACGGACGACUUUCAUUCACCAUCAGGAACACACCGUGUACCAAUGAUGACACGGCAAGGGACAUACAAUUACUACCAAUGUGAUACUUUGAAUGCUCAGAUCGUCGAAAUUCCUUACGAAGGAGGGCAAUCUUCAAUGGUUAUAGUUCUGCCAUACAGCAAGAAUGGUCUAGCAGUACUGCUGCGAGCUUUAAAACUAGCACCCGAACUACUGAACCAAGCUUUAGAGAAAAUGAAAAAAACAGACCUUAUAUUGUGCAUACCUAAGUUCAAAAUUGAAACGGAAAUCGAUCUAGGCGCUCUGUAUAAAAAGGUCGGAUUACGUUCACUAUUUGACGUCAGAAAAUCAAAAUUGACCGGUAUAGUUGACAACGAAAGUGUUCAUAUUUCUAAAGCCAUACAAAAAGCUGUUAUUGAAGUAAAUGAGAAGGGAACUGAAGCAGCUGCUGUUUCAGUGUUAUUUGGCCUUGGAAGUUCGCCUCUGGGACCAAAUGCUAUAAUAGUUAACGCUAAUUAUCCAUUUUACUUCAUCGUGUCAGCCAAUAAGGAACAACUGUUUGUGGGCACAUUUUAUAAUUAA